AUGGCGGCCGCGGCGGGGCCACACGCCGGGGCUGCGGCGGAGGCGCGGUUCAUCAGCAGCGCCAAGGGAAAGGGCUUGUUCGCCACCAAAAACAUCCGCAAAGGGGAAACUGUCUUCGUGGAGAGGCCGGUGGUGUCAUCCCAGUUCCUCUGGAAUGCCCUGUACAACUACCGAGCCUGUGAUCACUGCCUGCGGGCUCUGGAGACAGCAGAGGAGAACGCUCAGCGCCUGCUGGGGAAGAGCUCUCUGGUGCUGCCUCACCCUGAGCAGUGCAGCAUCAGGAAGGACCUGCACCAGCAGUGUCCCCGCUGCCAGGUGACGUACUGCAGUGCAGAAUGCAGGCAGGCAGCUCUGGAGCAGUACCACCAGGUCCUCUGCCUCGGCCCGUCCCGGGAUGACCCCACGCACCCCCUGAACAAGCUGCAGGAGGCAUGGAGAAACAUGCAUUACCCCCCAGAGACUUCAAGCAUCAUGCUGAUGGCCAGGAUGGUUGCCACCAUCAAACAGGCUAAAGACAAGGAGUGGUGGAUCAAGGCCUUCUCCCAGUUCUGCAGCAAGACAGCAAAUGAAGAAGAGGAGAUUGUGCACAAGCUGCUGGGAGACAAAUUUAAGGGCCAGCUGGAGCUGCUGCGCUUGCUCUUCACCGAAGCCCUUUACGACGAAUAUCUCAGCAGGUGGUUCACUCCAGAAGGCUUUCGGUCCCUGUUUGCCCUCGUUGGGACCAAUGGCCAAGGCAUAGGAACCAGCUCCCUGAGCCAGUGGGUGCACGCGUGCGAUGCUCUGGAUCUGCCCUUGCUGCAGCGGGAGGAGCUGGAUGCCUUCAUUGACCAGCUCUACAAGGACAUUGAGAAGGAGUCGGGAGAGUUCCUCAACUGCGAGGGAUCGGGGCUCUAUGUGCUGCAGAGCUGCUGUAACCACAGCUGCAUCCCCAAUGCUGAGACGUCCUUCCCAGAAAACAACUUCCUCCUGCAUCUCACUGCUCUGGAGGACAUCGAGGCAGGAGAGGAAAUCUGCAUCAGUUACUUAGAUUGCUGUCAGAGGGAGCGGAGCAGACACAGCCGCAACAAGAUACUCAGGGAGAACUACUUGUUUACCUGCUCGUGUCCCAAGUGCCUCGCACAAGCCGACGAUGCCGAUGUGACAUCGGAUGAGGAGGAGGAGGGCGAAGGAGAGACGGACGAUGCGGAGCUGGAGGAUGAGAUGACUGAUGUGUGAUCCUGGCCCCCAGCGAGAGGAGAA